GGCGGGGCCGCUCGGCCCUUUAAACCUUUCAGGGCUGCUCCGAGGGCCGCAGCCGGAGACAGCGCCACGAGGGGGCUGAACAGGGCGCGGCGGCGGCAGGGCGCUCCGGGAGGCCAGGGCAGCUGAUGGUUGUGGCUGAAAUAUCUCAAGGUAGCCGGUCCGCCCCCUCUUCCCCACCUACCUCUUGUCCUCCCCCCCACACCACCACCACCCUGGCUCCCCUCCCUCAUGACCGCCUGGAUCCUCCUUCCUGUCAGCCUGUCAGCAUUCUCCAUCACUGGCAUAUGGACUGUGUAUGCCAUGGCCGUGAUGAACCACCAUGUGUGCCCCGUGGAGAACUGGUCCUACAACGAGUCUUGCUCUCCUGACCCUGCUGAGCAAGGGGGCCCCAAGGCCUGCUGCACCUUGGAUGAUGUCCCUCUCAUCAGCAAGUGCGGCACAUAUCCCCCAGAGAGCUGCCUCUUCAGCCUCAUUGGCAACGUGGGUGCUUUCAUGGUGGCCCUGAUCUGCCUCCUGCGCUACGGGCAGCUCCUGGAGCAGAGUCGACACUCGUGGGUUAACAAGACAGCACUCAUCACAGGCUGCACCAACGCUGCGGGCCUCGUGGUGGUCGGCAACUUUCAGGUGGAUCAUGCCAAGUCUCUGCACUACAUUGGAACUGGCGUGGCCUUCUCUGCGGGGCUGCUCUUUGUCUGCCUGCACUGUGCCCUCUCCUACCAUGGGGCCACUGCCCCCCUGGACCUGGCUGUGGCCUACCUGCGAUGUGUGCUGGCUGUCAUCGCCUUCGUCAGCUUGGUCCUCAGUGGUGUCUUCUUCGUCCAUGAGAGUUCUCAGCUGCAGCAUGGGGCAGCCCUGUGCGAGUGGGUGUUUGUCAUCGAUAUCCUCAUUUUCUAUGGCACCUUUAGCUACGAGUUUGGGGCAAUCUCCUCAGACACACUGGUUGCUGCACUGCAGCCUGCCCCUGGCCGGGCCUGCAAAUCCUCUGGGAGCAGCAGCACCUCCACCCACCUCAACUGUGCCCCCGAGAGCAUCGCCAUGAUCUGAGGUCUGGGGAGGGUGGCUGGCCCAGCCUCCGCAGAACUCCAUACCAUGCCACACCAUAUCUUUGCAUUUAUUUUGUACCAAAAACAAUUUGAGAAAGUGUUCUGUUGGGAUCUGGGCUUCCUCGCUCCCGGAGAAGUGGCCAUCCCACAUCCACCUGUGCCAUAGAGGAGCAGGACCUGCCAGCUACUACAGCUGCACUACCUGCUUCCCCACCCCACAGUGUUGUUUUGUGUUUAAAGGUCACCUGUCCUCACUCACCCAGCCAGCCCUUCAGGUGCCUUCUACUCCCAGUGCAAGAGCCAGACCACUGGGGUUUCCUGCUGUAGGAAUUGGGGGGCUGGGAACAGCAGGGGGGAAGUCUGGUGAGGAGGGCAGUGAGCAUGCCUUAGUCUGUAUGGUAAGGCCCACUCUGGGCCCAAUGAGCUGCACUGGGAUUUCUUCACUCUGCCCCUCACUUCCUUUAGGGCAAAUAACACAGCAGAACCACAUGGGUAUUUUAGUACUUUUUUUUAUAUCUAUUAAAAGAAUUCUAAUUUGCA